UCUGUCACACUGUGUCACACCAGCGAACUGGCAAACUUACAGCGAUAUUCGCGUGAUAACCUGAUAAUAUAAUCGUCGGCCUUCCCUUCGACAUCAAGUUUAUUUUUCAAGAAAACCACGGAUCUCGCGUGUUGAUUUUAGUUUUACGAGCGUCGCGCGAGACUCCAGGGAUGGAACGAAACUUGGUGAAAACAUUGGAUGACACGCAUGAUAAGGAAGGAAUCAUUGGCUGUAUCUUGGCUGAUCAUGCUGGUCUCUGUCUUGGAGUUAAGGGUGAUGCAUCAAGCGACAGUGCCGGGUUGAUAGCAGCCAUAGCAGAUCUAGUUGCAAAAUUGGAACCAAAAUCUGGGUCACCAAUUAUAUCGCUUCAAAAUGAUAACAGGCAAUGUAUUAUACUUCGUAAGGAACCCGUAGUUGGUGCUAUAUAUAAAGACAUAUCGACUUGAAAUAAUCACUGUUGUAUACAUGGCUGAAACUUAUUUAUAAU